GGAUGGAGUUCACCUCGGUACGUAAUUAGGUGUGAUUAGGUACGCGAUUGGUUCAAUCAUUCAUUCUCACGCGCCAAAAUCGAUUUAGAAGUAAUUCCAAGACGCUUAAAUCAUUUAUUCUCACGCGCCAAAAUCGAUUUAGAAGUAAUUCCAAGACACUUAAAGAUGUCGCUGGUCCCCAUAGUAUUUCGCCUUGCCUUGUUGCUGCUGCUGUCUCAGCAAGUGUCACCUGUCAUUUCCGAAACCUCUGCUGGUACAAGUAGUCAAGCUACUAAUGGCGACAAAUCAGGAGGUGCUACGAAAGCACCUUCUUCGACGGAUGGUCUAGCUAGUACUACCGAAACAGUCUCUUUUUCCGUUGGUGCUGAUGGGUCUAUACAUGAUGGCGUGACUGGCGACGUCGUCCAGCCGAGUCUUAGACCUGUACAAGAGGAGCAGAAAACAUGGUGGCAAAAAAUGCAGGACUACUUUUCUGGGAAGAGGAAAAAGAAAGGCCCAUCAACUUUUUUAGCGCCGUUUCCGUACUUGGUCAAGUUCUUCUUUUUCUGGUGGUGCGCAUUAUUGCUUGGAGCGGUUUUCGUGAUCAUACUUGAUCACUUAUGGUUACAAUACAUAAGGAAACGCGGUGCUCCAGUAGAAUGGCUUUGCGAUUUCGUUGUAACCGGUGUAAAGCGGAGCGAUAUUUGGACGCAACUCGUAGACGUUCCAUUAUGGGAUGAUGACCUACAUCCGACACUGCAGCACAGUAGUCUGGUAGGGGAGAGGAAGAAGUUGGACCAGGUAGUACUACUGCAUUCACUACAUAUUCAAUAUCAUGUCACUUCUUUUUGUUUUUAGAAUUUGAUAGUAUAUCGCUCGGUCAUAUUGCUCUUCUUUAUAGAAGGUACAACGUGACUGAAGUGCCUCACAGCCACGUGGCCAUGUGGUAAAAGAGGGCACAUGACAUGACAUGUCAUGUCAUGUCAUGACAUCUCGCUGAACAAGAUACACAGGUCGACCACGUACCUAGACCAAAAUUGCAAAAGCAAUAGCCUCUAUCAUCCUCCCCCACAGCCCGGAAUCAUCAUCCGCUUAUGCGCAAAAGUAGGCGACUUCUCGGAGGACGAGAGGAGAGCUACGCUCAUCACCCGACGAGUCGUAGCAGUUGAGCCAAAUGUUAGUUUAACAAUGGAAACGGUGAGUGAACCUAGUGGUAACUUCACAUCACUCUCUAAAAUGCGGUUGAAAAUAGACUUGGAUGAUAAUCCUGUAGAAGAGGCUUCUGAUGAAGGAGAAAAGAAGAAAGUAGGUCAAAAUUCAGCUAAUACUACUACAAGCGGCGUCCGAGUCACGGUAUCCGGCAGUGGCGAGACGUACUCUAGAGUCCUAGCGUGGUGCUUUAAUCUAGCGAGUGCGCAGGAGCAAGGAGUACAAGAGUAUUUUGAUGGAUUGAAGGCUUGUUGUAUCAAAAAUAAAGAAUUACUGGGAAUUAGAAUGUGAUUAGCAAAUAUAACGAGGAGGCACUUUAUUUCAUUUAUGAAUGAUAGAUUAAGG